AUGAGUUUCUCAAGAACUGCAGACACUGUUGGCACUGAUCUGAAGUUACUGGUCGCUGACACUCAAAGUAAAUCCGAACAUAAGGUUCGGGGUGUUCUGUCGAAGUUAAGAGACAUUUUAGGAAGGAAAUCUGUUGGAGACCAAAGGGAACUGGAGAAAUUUAAACAAGACCUCUACCACCAGGGUGUACUUACGUACUGUGCAAACACCUUAAAGUUCAAUUAUGCCAAAAUCGAAGGAGGAUACACAACCGCUGCACAAAUGGCAGAGAUAUUGAGCACAUGCUGUGUGGGUCUAGGGCCUGAUACAGAGAAUGUGGUCUUCCAGAACAAAUUCCUUCCAGAGGUGGCAGAAAAUCUACUCUUUCUGGCGGACCACCUGAUGAACAGAGCUCAACGGGACAAAGGACCAAAUGAGAUGCUUCGGCUCUUCAGAAAAGUCUUUGAUUCCAUUGGCUGGCUCCUGAGGGUUUACAGUCAUUUAAUUCCUCGUGUUCUUGGAUCUAAGCACUAUGAGAGUGUGCAGAUGUGUGAAGAUGAUGAGAUUUGUAAAGUAACUCUGCUGACAUGGCAUGACGUACUGAGAGCAAACAGUGCAGCGAUAUCUGAAAUGGGGAGUGAAGCCCUAAGGAGCAUUAUGGAUGAUAUCGUGUAUAAAAUGGCCAGCAGCUCAAAUCCUGUUAUAGGCGGUACGGCAGUAAAAACCUUACUGCUUAUCAUAAAUCACCAUACCCUCGCUGUUCCGUUCAUCCUCAGGAACUAUAAAGGUCUGGAUAACUUGGUGAGGAAAGACUGGAGUGGCAAAGGUUUUGAUGCGGCUUUGGACCGACUGCUCGGCCUCCUCCAAUCAGGACUGCUGAAAGAAGAAAACUUUCAGGGUUCAUCUGAAGAGCGAGUAAAAGCCGCGUGUGUAAUUCAAGCAGCUUGGAAAGCAUAUCAGACCAGGAAGAGGAUGAAGAGACUACCCAGAGCUGUCAGUGCGAUUCAGCGCAGCUUCAGAGAGAAAAGGCGACAGCAGCAGGAGCAAACAGAGAGAAGGAGAAUAGAAGAGGAACUGCGAUAUGAAGUGCGCCUGCGCAGACAGAGAGCCAUCCGUCUGUUCCGCCAGCGUCAGCUCCACCUAUUGGAAAUAUUACCGGCGGCUCAGAUAGAGCGUUACCUGGGGGAGGUGGAGAACAGGGCAGCUCUGCUGAUUCAGAGGGUGUGGAGAGGACACAGAGAGAGACGAAACUUCCAACAGCGUAAAUACAUCUUGAAACAACACAAGGCUGCAGUCACUUUACAAAGAGCUACUCUACGUUUCCUGAAGUGGCGGAGAGCUCAGAGGAAUGUUCCAGCACCGUGGAAAGGACCCAAAGGCCUGACUGAUGCCAGGAGAGCAGAACUGAGGAGACAGGUGGAGGAAUAUAUUGCCCUCCAUCCAUCUACUGUUGUGUCAGUGGAAGGCACUAUGGAGCUUCAUCAGCGUGCCCAGAACCUGCUACAACAACACCUUCUGACCAGAACCUCUAAGCAGAGAGAGGAACAGCACAGACAGGCCCUGCUGGCCCAAAUCAACACUGACAUGGAGCUCCUACUCAAUGCGCCCUCUCUGAAGGAUGCCACAGAACAAGACUCAAACCUUUUCUUGAGCAGGUCGGCCCCGGUCGCGGCUCGGGCCAAACAAUCUCACAACAGCAUGGUCCAAAGCACCCGCCUUCCCUGGUGGAGGAUGCUGGGAAGUGAGUUUGGUGACUCAGAGCCCCUCCCGAAAGCAGAGUACGAAAUGGAGUUUGAAACACUGUACCAAGGUGGUAGCUGUUAA